GUCUCUCCUUCAUCCAUCCAUUCCUCUCUCAAUCUUUAUCUCCUUCAAUUGUUCGUUUUUGGGUUAAAAAGCUCUGUUUUUUUUAUUACCCUUUUCAUCUAAAAGCUUCAAUCUUUCGACCAUGUUGCUUAAAGCUUCCCCUGCUUUUUCUUUGUUGAAGAAUCCCCAAGUUGAAACUCGGGUUCCUCUGUUUUCAAGAAACGGUUCUGGGUUUGGGUCUGGGGCUGUUGUUGUUUGUGCUACCAAGGGAGCCAAUAAUAAGCCAUUAACAGGUGUGAUUUUUGAGCCUUUUGAGGAAGUUAAGAAGGAACUUAAUCUUGUCCCAACUGUGCCUCAAAUGUCCUUGGCUCGUCAAAAGUUUGCCGAUGAGUGUGAAGCUGCCAUCAACGAACAAAUCAAUGUGGAGUACAAUGUUUCAUAUGUCUACCAUGCUAUGUAUGCCUAUUUUGAUAGGGACAACGUUGCUCUCAAGGGUCUUGCCAAGUUCUUCAAGGAAUCAAGUUUAGAAGAGAGAGAGCAUGCUGAGAAAUUGAUGGAAUACCAGAACAAAAGAGGUGGGCAAGUGAAGCUGCAAUCCAUAUUGAUGCCCUGCUCUGAGUUUGAUCAUGCAGAGAAAGGGGAUGCUUUAUAUGCAAUGGAGCUUGCCUUGUCUCUCGAGAAAUUAACAAACGAAAAGCUCUUGAACUUGCACAACGUGGCUGAGCGAAACCACGAUUCGCAGUUGACUGAUUUCAUUGAAGGCGAGUUCUUAGCUGAGCAGGUCGAAUCCAUCAAGAAAAUAUCGGAAUACGUGGCUCAGCUGAGAAGAGUUGGCAAAGGACAUGGGGUGUGGCACUUUGAUCAAAUGCUUCUCCACGAGGGAGCUGUUGCAUGAAAACCUGACCAAAGAAACCGCCGCUUGCUUCUGAUACCAGCCAUCGUUCUUUUAAGUUCCCGUGUUAGUAGUUGUUGAGAGAUUAAGUUUUGCAAGUUGUAUGGCUAGUUUAGAAAACUUUGUGUUGAUGAUAUAAGAAGAUUGAGAGACUCGAAGGGAUAAUUUGUAAGUCCUCUUGAUCAUAGCUAUAGAUUUUCAUGGUUUUCGACUUUUCGUAUCAACAUUUUUCGACUGUUUUUUCUUCGGUUAAAUGCUCUGCACAGUUAGCAGAUAAAAUAAUACAAGUAGGGAUCAUUUUGAA